UUCCUCCUUGCAGUUUGAAACUGUCAGGUUAGUACUAAGGUAGCAGCAGGGCUUGCUGUGGUUUCAGCGGCGACGCAGCAAGGAAACAAGAGUGAGGAAUCGGUAUUUGGUGGAGCGCCCAGAGGGUGGAUAGUGGCGCCCCGAGGGCCCUGCAUCGAGGGCCCUGCAUCACUGGCCGAGUCCCUGCCCUGAAGAGGGGCUAGCGCACUCCCCCUCCUUGCAGCAGCUAGGAUCGGUGAAGGGCACUGGGAUCGUCACCUGCUGCCAGUUUGCACGUUUCUUCCUCUACCGCUUUGAGUAUUUUUGCAGAAUGUCAUCAGAUGAGGACAAAUGCUCAGUUCCAGUUAUACAAAAUGACUCCGAUCCAGGCAGUUCUGUCUCUGCAGAUCUUCAGGAAGAAUAUGAAGAACUACUUCGUUAUGCUAUAGUGACUCCAAAUACGGAAUCCGGUACUUCACAGUCACAGCCAUCUCAUCCGAAGGCAGAAGUGGUGCCAGAAGUUAGAAGUCCUACUCCCAUUGAUAAUAUUCUUCAUAAUCAAGCAGGAAGCAGCUCUGCAGUAAGAGAAACUGCAAUGGAAGUUGGAAAAGGGUCUGAUUUAAAUAUUUCCAGUCAUUCAAAGAUAGAUGGAUCAUCACCAGUGUCAUCACCAAGGAAGCCUUCUCACCCAGUCAUGGAUUUUUUCAGUUCACAUCUUUUAGGUGACUCUUCCUCAUCAAGGUCUAAUUCUGCUCUUACAGAUGCCCAUGAAAUAUUUGUGGGUGAUAGUCUUGUUUUUGAUGAAAACCUUCAGAGGAUGGAAAAUAUGCUUGAUCUUUGGAGUUCAAAUCUUAAGACAAACGUUUUAUCUGAACUAAGUAAAUGGAAACUUAAUUUUAUUGACUGGCACCGAAUGGAAAUGAAAAAAGAGAAAGAAAAACAUGCAGCACAUGUAAAACAACUAAGCAACCAGAUCAAUGACUUGAAAGAGCUGCAGAAAACCUUUGAAAUUUCCAUUGGGAGAAAAGAUGAGGUGAUUUCCAGCUUGUCUCAUGCCAUAGGCAAGCAAAAGGAAAGAAUAGAGUUAAUGAGAACAUUCUUCCACUGGCGAAUUGGCCACGUCAACUCCAGACAGGAUGUUUAUGAAUGCAAACUAGCUGACCAGUACUUCCAGAGAACUUUACUGAAGAAAACCUGGAAGGGCUGGCGUUCCAUAGUACAAAGACAAUGGAAAGAGGUGGUAGAACGAGCUUGUCAAGCAAGAGCUGAAGAAGUUUGUGUUCAGAUUUCUAAUGAUUAUGAAGCCAAAGUUUCUAUGUUAUCUGGAGCUUUGGAAAAUGCAAAAACUGAGAUUCAAAGAAUGCAACAAGAAAAAGAACACUUUGAAGAUUCCAUGAAGAAAGCUUUCAUGAGGGGGGUGUGUGCCUUAAAUCUCGAAGCCAUGACUAUGUUUCAAAACAAAAAUGAUUCAGGGAUAGAUUUCACAAAUAAUAAAAAAGAAGAAUACAACCCUGGUGUUCAAGGAAAAGAAUAUCCUACUCAUUUGGAUCCUUCAGUACCUCCAGUGCCCUCAGCAGUUCCACUGCAUGUGCUGCAGCCCUCGCCUACAGUGCCAGUUGCAACAGCCAGCGCCAAUGCAAUUCCUUCUGCUGCUUCCGUGACUUCUGCUGGGGCUGCAUCUGCUUCUUCUGUUCACGUUCACUUUCCAGUUCCAGUUCCAGUCUCCGUUCAUGGUGCAGCAUCCUCAGCUACUACUACAUCUGAAGAAAUGUAUGUGCCAAGAGUUGUAACUUCAGCACAUCAGAAAGCUGGAAGAACAAUUACAGCCCGGAUCACAGGGAGAUGUGAUUUUGCUCCAAAAAACAGAAUUAAUAGCAGUUUAGCUAUAAUGGGAGUUUCUCCACCCAUGAGUUCAGUUAUCGUGGAAAAACAUCAUCCAGUCACAGUGCAAACCAUUCCUCAAGCAUCAGCUGUAAAAUACUCACGGACCAUUCAUCCUGAAGGUGGUACCUCAGUUUCAAGAUCUCUUGGAACCAGAACAACCCACACCCAGUCUCUCACAAGCAUUCAGUCCAUAAAAGUGGUUGACUAAAGUGAAUAUGUUCACAGCAAGGUCCUUUAAUUCCUCUGGUAAAGACUGUACCAAGAGUUGGAAGUCUUUAGUUUUUAACUUUUCUGAAUUGCUAGAACAUCAUGGAUACAUCAUGUUCAUCUUUUCAAAAUUAUAAGAGACUUUUUCAAGAUAUACCAUCCUUUGUAACUAUACUGUAGAAAGUAUUUUAAUGUUAUUUUAUUUAAGCAAUUAAGUAAAACUUUUUUAAAUUAAAAAAGAAACUUCAUUUUUUAA